AUGUUUUACCCCGUCGAAUCUUUGAAAAGAGGUGGUAGAUUUUAUUUAUGUUGGGUUGCGGAUUCUUGGCCACAACGUUUUCAAGCCAUUAAUAAUCGUCAAAUUUGGUCUCAAGAUAUUCGACGAAUAUGUCAUGACCUUCAAGAAGUUAUAUGUCAGGAAUCACGUCGUCCAUCAAAGAGAUUCUCUCUUCGGUUAACAUCACAACUUAUUCACGGAUUAGUACUCUUGUAUCAUAGAAAAGUAAAUGUAUUAUUUGGUGAUCUUUGUAUGAUAGAAGCUCAUGCCAUGCACUAUACUAACAAGAGGUGUAAAUGGGUGGAUCAAGUGAGAGUUCAUGACCCAAGGUCAGCUCAGAUACCCAGACUAGUUAUUGAGGAAGUAGGAGAUGAAGAACAAGUAGAGGAACUUUUACAAAGAACUGGAAAUAUAGUAGCCUGUGUAGAAGAUAUAACAUUGCAAGAACCUACUCUGCCUGAAAAUCAACCUAUUUAUGAUGGCUUCGGUGAAAUGCACUUAGAGCUGCCGGUGAUAAGUGAUAGGACAAUCGAAUUGAUGCUCGGCCCUGAUGGAAGUGCGGCACAACAGAGCGUUAUAGACCCUUGGGGUCUGUCGCCCGACCGGUUGAUCGAUCAGUUGAGGGUUGAUAAAUCUGCACAUAUGGAUAGGGUCUCGGAUUAUGACAUUUCUCUAUUCAAUAAAACCACCGGAGCUGAACUACAAGCCCCUGGUGACUUUGGUAAAGAAAUUCCCGAUAUCCAGUUACCCGAAAUACCCGAUCCCCAAGAAAUACAAUUGGAGAUAGUCCCACAUGAGACUGAAAACCGAAAUAUGCCAAUGGAGAUUGAACAUAUUUCAUUAGAAGAAAUUCCGAUCGAGGAAUACCAAGCUCGGCAACACACAAGGAAACGCAAGCGCAAUAUAAUGAAGAUAGAUGAAUGUUUGGAGCUAGAAAAAGAGUACAUGCGGUCUCGGAUUAACGAUGUUAAAGUGGAACAGCGCUGCCAGGACCCGGCCUCCGAUAUAUUACGAAGAGAAGUAUCCGUCCGACAAAUGUUACACCGUCCGACAUGCGCGGGCGCACGCAUUACGCAUAAUCUAGGACUUAAAAUCAGGAAAAUGUACUUGAACAGUCUUUCCCAGUUAGAGAGAUGUGAUGUGCCUGAGGUGCCAAUGAUACAAAGGCAACAUCAGGAUACAAGGAUGAUAGUAGAAGAAACUGACGGCCCUAUACUAGCGCCUGUGAUCGAAGAACCACAUUUACUUGGUCGAGAACAGGCAAUUCUUGAUGCCGAUGGAUCUGUUAAUAUUUCUGCGGUUGCACCAAAUGUUUCUGGUCUUGAACCAAACGUUUCCGCUCUUGGACCAAAUGUUUCCGCUCUUGGACCAAAUGUUUCCGCUCUUGGACCAAACGUUUCCGGCCUUGAACCAAAUGUUUCCGCUCUUGUUGACCCGAAUGCUUCAACUGCUGGAAGAAGUGUGGAGGAAGUUCAAGAUGUGUCACUUUUACCCACUCAAAAGAUAUCGGAAAUGCAAGUCCCCGAACUACCUGCGCCUAAAAGACGUCGAACGGUGGGUACAAAUGAAGCAAGGCUCAUGAUAGAUACAGAAAACAAAGAGAACCAACCUCCAAACAAACAAUUGGACCAUCUCUCUGAAAUGCUCCACGAAGCUGGCAUUUCCGAUAUACCUGAAAAACUACCGGAAACGGAAGUUGAGAAUUGUCAAAGGAAAAAAUCCAGAGAGAACAGUGAAACUCCUUUAGGAAGCCUCGAUAGGACAAAGGUGUCUUUGGGAGAUACUGACAGCUGCACGGAUUCACAGAAGGAGAUAAAAGCCAAUUGGGGAACAUACAACACUAUGGUCAGAGUAUUCCACUGUAAAGAUGCGGGAUGUGAUCCUCUUAAUAUGAUGGUACUUCUCGCGCGGGGUCCUGCUUUACCCGGACAUGGCCGGCUAACCGCAGCUAAAUGCUUUAGCUCGUUAUUGAAAUUGAAACAACAUGGAUUCGUACGCAUUGAGAAAAAUCCUGUUACGCUAGAAAUAGUCGAUAUCAAUCUAGGACCCAGAUUCGAUAGAACUUGA